AUGCAUACCAAGUUCGAAGAAUUUGGUUGUCGGAAUCACCCGAAUGAGCUCCUUCAAGUUAUGGGUAAAACCGGUGACUCUUCUACAAUUUCCGGCUACCACAGGCAGCGAUGGGUGGCGGUGAAGGGUUGGGAUAGGAAGAGGGAAGUGAGCUUGAUGUUUUGGUACCAAUAUCACGAGGUUUGGUGGCCAGUGGAGGAAAUGGCGGAGGAAAAACCGUGCGGAUGA